ACCUACUCCUAUUGCAGGCUUUGUCGACGAUUAUGCUUUUUUGAUAAGAGGCCUUCUAGAUCUCUAUGAAGCAUCGUUAGAUACUGACUGGCUACAGUGGGCGGAAACUCUACAGGAACAACAAGACAAACUGUUUUGGGAUGAUAUAGGUGCUGGUUAUUUCACAAGUCCUGAUGGAGACCCAUCGAUCUUGAUCCGUGGCAAAGAAGAUCAAGACGGCGCCGAGCCUUGCGGUAACUCCGUUUCCGUACACAAUCUCAUCAGGUUGGCGGCGUACUUGCACAGGGAAGACUUACGGGAGAAGGCUGCCAAAACGUUGACGGCGUUCGCCGACAAACUCGAGUCGAUUCCCAUUGCGCUGCCCGAGAUGACUUCCGCUUUGAUGUUUUAUCAGAGCUCGCCGACGCAG